AUGACACUAUCACCUAAACCUAUUCACAAACUCACGCCCGAGACAUCACUACACAAACUGCAAGAACUAUACAAAACAGAAGACACCAAAAAAUGGGAUGACCUCAUAAGCCAAAUUCAAGUUGACUACAGAAACCCAGGAAAUUUCUGGAAAAAAAACUUAAAAACCCAACACGAUGGGAACCUCAGCCCAGGAAACACCCAACAUGAUGGGAACCUCAGCCCAGGAAACACCCAACAUGAUGGGAACCUCAGCCCAGGAAACACCCAACAUGAUGGGAACCUCAGCCCAGGAAACACCCAACAUGAUGGGAACCUCAGGCCAGGAAACACCCUACAUGAUGGGAACCUCAGCCCAGUAAACACCCAACAUGAUGGGAACCUCAGCCCAGGAAACACCCAACAUGAUGGGAACCUCAGCCCAGGAAACACCCAACAUGAUGGGAACCUCAGGCCAGGAAACACCCUACAUGAUGGGAACCUCAGCCCAGGAAACACCCUACAUCAUAGACGCCUCAGGAAAUACUCAGCCAGCAGACAACGAAGAGAGAGCACAUGA